UAAAAAUGAGAGCAUAGGAUAUUGAUUUAAAAGCAAGUUUCGAUAAAUAAUAUAAAGAAUUAGAAAAGAAAUGUUUAGAUGCUGCAAAAAGUUUGUAAAAUAGUCUUUUUAGUGAAGAAUCAUUUAAAAUGUCAAAAGAUUAAGUAAUGUAAAUUAAUAGGUAAAAUAUUAAUGAUUUUAAAAGUUAAGUUUUACAAUUAUCAAGCUAAUGGAGUAUAAAGUUUCCAAGAAAUGCAAGUAAAUAACAGGAUGAUAAAGAAGAAGGUAUGGAAGGUAAACUCAUAAAUUUGUACAAAAAAUGCUUAAAAGAAUUCGUUGAUGAAAUCUAUAAGAAAUUACAAUAAGUAUAGAAUGAAAGAGAUACAGUAAUAGUAUAUUUAAAAAUUUAGACACUCUAUUUAGUGGCAAAACACUACCAUGAUUAUAAAGCAUUUUCUUAUUGGCUUUAUAAGUUGUUUUUUCAUUUAGAUUCAAAUACAGCAUCAACAUUGGGAGCUGAUUUGCAUAGUCUUUCACUUGAAGCUUUGAAAUAAGGAUAUUUCUCAGUAGGAUAGGAGAAAUUAAUAAAUACUAUUUUAUAAGUUCUUUUAGAAUCUAGAUAAAAGGAAAUAUUUUUAGAUAAAAAAGUUAAAUCAUUGUGUGAAUUAUUUGUAGUAAUGGGUUCAAAGACAGUUAAAUUAAAAUAUGAAAGAGAGUAAGGAUUGUAUGAUUAUAUCUGUUUAAAUUUUUAAGAAACAGAAACAUUUUAUAAGAACAAUUUCGAAAUAAAGUUUAUAGAUGAUGUAAUAAUACUAAAUAUUAUUAUUAGACUGUUAAAUAUUAUAAAAAGUAGAUUUCUGAGAGAUAAUCAAUAUCUGUUAUUGAAUUCGUUAGAUGGGCAACAAAGGUAUUUAAAUUAGAAGAAACUAUGUGUUUGGAAAGUUACCCUAAAAGUUUUGAACAAAUAUCAAAAUAAUUGAUAUAACUUUUUGUAAUUGAAUAAGCAAAAAGAUUAUCAGAGAAUGGAGUUUAAUAUUUUAUAUCAGCUGGUGGAUUAUCACAAUUAGGAGAGUUAUAUAAUCUAAUAUCAAGAAAUAGUGAUAGUGUAAAAUAUAUUGCUGAUGAAUUCUAAAUAACUUUUACUACAUUAACAAAAAAUGUCAAUACUAAUUAUUAUAAUGAUUAAUAACAAUAGAAUAAAUAAGGUAUCUUUUAUAUCUAUUUAAUUAUAGUAUAAGCAGAAGGUUAUUGUAAUUCAAUUUUAGAAUUAAUGGAUAAGGCAUAAAAUAUAAUUAAAAAUUAUAUGCAAAAUGAUCAUAAAGUUUAAUCAGCAUAUUUAGCAGCAUUUACAGCAGCAUUUAAUGAAAUUAAUGAUUCACCAUUUUUUUUAGCACUUUUUUCUGAUUUAUUGAUAAAAGCUGAAAAAGGAAUUAAUGAAACAGAAACUGAUAAAAAAUUAAAUAAGAUUGUUUCUCUAUUUUAAUUGUUAUAUUCAAAAGAUAAAUUUCUUUCACAUCAUUAAAGGUUUUUAUAACAUAGAUUGUUAAAUCCAUAAAGUUAGAAUCUUAAUUUUGAAAAAACUUUAUUAUAAAAAUUUAAAGGAGAAACCUAAACUAAUGUUUUGUAAAAUUUAUUAUCUUAAACUUAGAACUUAAUUAUAAAAUAUGGUUAAUGAUAUUGAACAAUCAUAAAGAUUUGCAUUUGAGUAAAAAAUUGAGAAAAACUAAUAAUUUGAAUUAGGAGUAUACCUUUUAUCUUAUGGAUGUUGGCCUUUUAGUAAUGUUGAAAAUCAAAUUAUUGCUCCUGAAUACAUGAAAAAACCUUUAUAGUAAAUAUUGAAUUUAAUAAUUAUAUAGAUUAUAUCAGGAUAUGUAUUUAUAAAAAAAUAAUGGAAGAAUUGUUGAAUGGACAUUUAAUUAUGGAUAAGGGGAAGUAACUUAUAAAAUUAAAGCUGAAAAAUAUUAUUUCAGCUUAAAUACUCUCUAAAUGAUUGCAUUUUUACUUUUCAAUUAAGCUGAUUAAUUUACUAUUGAACAAAUUUUAGAAAAAACUUAAAUCAAAAAAGUACAUAGAUAUAUUAUAAAAAUAGUUUGAUUUAGAGAAUUCUCUUAUUCCUUUUAUUUGUCUUAAAGUUCUACAAAGAGAGAAAUCAGAUCUAGAAGAAUUUGCUGAUUAAAAUGAAAUCAUUAAAUUAAAUAGUAAUUUUAAUAACAAAGCUAAAAAAAUGAAAAUGAUACCAAACACUAAAAUGCAACCAAAACGAUAAGUAUUUAUGAAUAAUCAUAUUAUAGGGAAGAAAUCCAGAAUUAACUGCUCAAGAAAGAGAAUAAGAGGAAUAAUUAACUAAAUAAAGAGAAUUUGUUAUUGAUUCUUAACUUGUAAGAAUCAUGAAAAGUAAAAAAACUAUUGCUCAUAAAGAGUUAGUUGAUUAAUGCUAAUUUAUGGUAACAAUAUUUAAACCAGAUAUUAAAUUUAUCAAAAAAAGAAUUGAAAAUCUUAUAGAAAGAGAAUAUAUAAAGAGAGAUGAUAAAGAUUGGUAUUAAAUUUAAAUCAUUGUAGGAAUAUAUAUCAUUAUCAAAAUUGAG